CGGCGGUGGCUUUACUUGGCGCAGGGCAACGAUGACGAGCGGACCCGAAAACAACACAGGAACGUCCAGCGGUCAAGAUGCCUCUGACCCGAUUGCAGAGGCCACUGUCCAGAGAGUUGCAGAGGCCAUGAAAGAACUGCAGCGUCGCACGGGAUACCCACUUUAUCAGGAGAACAGCCAGCGACGAUAUGGACCCCCCCCGAACUGGGAGGGCCCUGCCCCUCCUAAAGGAUGUGAAGUCUUCAUUGGGAAAAUCCCCCGCGACCUUUUCGAGGACGAGUUGGUGCCUGUGAUGGAGAAGGCGGGAAAAAUAUACGAGGUCCGACUCAUGAUGGAGUCCCCUGGAACAAACAGAGGUUACGGGUUUGUCCAGUUCUCUAACAUUCCAGAGGCCGAGACGGCUUUGAGGACAUUGAACAAUUACGAAAUUCGGCCUAAUCGUUACCUCGGAGUCAUGCGAAGUGUUGACAACAACCGCCUAUUUGUCGGUGGCAUCCCGAAGAACAAGUCUCGAGAAGAAGUCUUGGAAGAAAUGCAGCGCCUUACCGAAGGCGUCGUGAAGAUUAUCCUAUAUCCUUGUGUCAAUGAUCGUUCGAAGAAUCGCGGUUAUGCCUUCGUCGAGUACGAAAGUCAUAAGGCAGCGGCCAUGGCCCGCCGCAGACUCUUCAGUGGCCGUAUUCUCCUUUGGGGGACGAACGAAGUCAAAGUAGACUGGGCGGAACCGGAGCUCAUGGUCGACAACGAUACCAUGGCCAAGGUUAGGGUGAUUUACAUCAGAAACUUAGCACUCUGCACAACUGAAGAUGACUUACGAGAACUGUGCUCGUCGAUUGGAGGUGUCGAAAGAGUAAAGAAGCAAAAGGAUUAUGCCUUCGUUCACUUCAGCACCCGAGAACAAGCAGAGUCUGCCAAGGCUUCUUUGAAUGGGAGACUUGUCCAUGGAUGUGACUUGGAAGUGACCUGGGCAAAACCUGUCAAAAACAGAGAAGAGUACCAGCAGCGCAAAGCCCUUGCACGCUCCAUGGUUAGUGCUGGUCACAACCAGCCUUCUCUGAUCCCUCACCUCUCGCCUACAGGGGAACCUCUAAUCAUGAUGCCCCAAGUUCGCCGUGCUGCUGGUGCUCAGGGUGUCCAGCAUCCUAGUCCAAGAAAUGUGACUUCACGAGCAAGGCAUAAUGAAUCCCACAUCCUGGGUCUUACUGCUGCUCCAGUGUUUGUUCCGCAAGAACUUCAACACCAGACAACUGGAGAAGUUCUGAUUCCUAGCUAUUCAAAUGGAACUGCCUAUUUUGACUCUGAAAAAAUGGCUGGGGCAUUUGAUGACUCUCGAACUUCAGCUUCAGAUCAUAGUUUACGUCAGUUGGCAGCCAACUCAAGAUUACUUCAGGCAAGUCAAACUCUUCGUGGGCCCCCCAUUUCUGCUGCUUCAUAUUUCAUGACACCUUCAAUGGGUGUGACUCCACUCAUGGCUCCUCCUGUUGCAACAGCCAGUCCACAAAACAUUGCAGUUCCUGCUGGAGCUUAUCUAGUGCCCUCUGCACCUGUCGCAGGUUAUGAAGCUCUCAAUCCCUAUGCAAUGCAAGCUGCACUCUAUCAUCAAGCUGUGAUGUCCCAACAAGGAUUGGUCAUGGAUAAACUGAGAUAUGCCUCUACUGGAGAAUGAGACUUGAACAAGGGUUAAGGGUUAAAGCUUAAUUGUAUCCUUGUUAAGGGUUAAAGGUUAAUUGUGAAAGAGAUAUAAGUCCAUAUACUGACAGACAUGGUGCCACUUGUUAGACAUAAUGUCAUCUGUGCAGGCACUGAAUGUUCUUUGGUAGCAAGCUAGCAGAAAUUACUAAAGUUACUCAGGGUUACACCUGCAAAGAGAAUCUGCCUCACUAAAUAUUAUUUGCAAGAAUUGUUAUAUUUAUUCAGUCUGUCAUUCUGUGAUAUAAAGAGACUAUGAUAGAAAAAUAUUUGCUUUCUCCAUUGUUUCGUCUUCCUGAGGUCUCUGAGAAACUGGAAACCUAAGUAAUUUUUACAGUGAUGCUGUUUUUGCUUAUUGUGGAAAUGCAUGUGCUACUAGUCCCUGAGGCUCAUAGCAUUCACUGAAGGUUUUGUUAUUGUAUUAAGUUUUAUGCAUUCUCAGAACUUGGCAAAUGUUAACUCACAACAAGAUGUAUAAUGUGUACUGUGUUUUCUGUUAUUUAUUGGCAUUUAUGUAAAUGAAGAAUCUAUAUGUAGCAUGUAAAUUUAGUACCUUAAUAUUUAGGAACAAUCAUUUACAGUAGUGCAUUAGUGAAGUAAGUAAAAUACUUUAGAAGCAUUCAGCCAGUAGGCUUUGAAAAAAUAAAAGUGGUUAAAUUGCACUAGCACUGAUCUUCAGAGAUUUUUGUGGACAGCACAAAGGUGCAGUGACCUGCACUAUAUCAGUCUACGAGGAACAUUCUUGUAUUACACUCCUCGAGUUUUGUAUACUUGGGAGAUGAAAAAGUGUUGGAUUAUAUUACAGGUUCUUACUAUGUACUGUACUUGAAAAAAAUACUAUAGCUGAAAUUUUGCACAUAAAAAAUAACUUGUACUUAUGUGCAGAAAAGUUUCUUCCUUAAUCCUGUUUAUCUAAAAUCAGCUGCAUCUAAAAAUCAGCAAAAUCCAAUAAGCUUUUAUUUUCACUGUUUACCAGCUUGGAAAUUUUGACCAAAAUUGUUUAUUUUUUCUGGGCUAAUACAGUCUUUUAUUUAUGCAAAUUGGAUAUAUGUACUGUGUCCCAAGAAAUUCAUUAGGAACAAGUAUAUAUUAUAAAAAUAUUACAUACGUAUAUGUAACUAUGCAGUACAAUACUAUGCAUAGUUGCAUAUGAAGGAACUACUGUACAGUAUUGAGAUUUCAGUCAUAAUUAGGUUAAACAAACCAUCACCCUGUUAAAAUAUUCUGGUAAUCUGACAGCAUUAGUUUUUAUGCAACAUUCUUUUCAUAUAGGGUUGUAACAUAUUUGCAGAUAGUAUACACACUUGAGUACACAUUAUAGAAACCAUGCACAAAUUUGUGGUGCUUCCUCAUUUUUUUUUAUUGUACAAAUUUCAUACACACACACACACACACACACUACAGGCAUCCCAGCUUAUUGGUGGCAUCGGAUUUAUGACCCUUGGCUAAUGACGUUGCUAAGCAGAUUUUUGGCGCUGGUAAGCAGUUUAUUGGCAUUGUUAGGUAUUUUAUCAGCAUCAGUAAGCGAUUUUUGGCAUCAGUAAGCGGUUUAUCAACACCAAUCAGUGAUUAUGUUGACAUAAAUGCCAUUUACUACCAUAAUUAUUGUGAUGUUUCAGUUAUCACCGAUUUUUGGUUAUCAGUGCUCAGCCAGGAACGGAACCCCCUUUGUUAACCAGGGGACUGCCUCUGUAUGUAUGUAUAUGCUAGCCGGAUGCUAGCCGGAGUAGGUGGCAGGAAACAGAAGAAACUGAAAUUUUUAUCAAAAGUGAAUUUAUAUAGCCACUGUGCAGCCAUCAUGAUGCCUAAAAAUGAAGUUAACUUUGCUGGAUAUCCAGAAUUUUGUGAUGCCAUGAUAGAAACACGUCCUACUUAUUAUAACCACCCAAAUGAUGUUUAUCUUUCUUCACUGUCACUAAUAUUAAUGGAUGUUAAUGAAGUUAGCUUUGCCUGAUACACCUAGCCAGAUAUCCAGAUUUUUGUGAUGACAUUACAGAUACAUGUCUUACUCAUUAUAAGCACCCAGAUGAUGUUUGUCAUUUUUCUCUGUGACUAAUAUCGAUGAAGUUAGUAUGGCUGGAUAUCCGGAUUUUUGUAAUAUCAAGACAGAAACAUGUCCUACUCACUGUACGUAUCCCAAUGAAGUUUUCUUUUUUUCUCUACAGCUAUCAUUAAAGCGUCUCCCAUGGUUUUCUUUUUUCUCUACAAUUAUUAUUAAAGAAGUUAGCAUGGCUAGAUAUCUGGCCAGAUAUUUGGAUCAAAACAG